AUGGCGCCGGAUGUGUCAAACGGUUAUGUUGCUCCCAGCAACCUAACUGAAACCCCCGACUCCGCACUCUUCGAUGUCCGACGUGUUCAGCUUCAGUUCCCGCUUGCUGCGGAUUUCGUCGCUGCACAAGUUGCGAAUAAUGUACUAAUUCUAGCUCUCGCGACCAACCGUAUCCUAAGAAUUGACUUGGAAGCUCCCGAAGACAUAGACGACAUCGACCUUCCAAAGAAAUCCUCAGAAAUAGGAGUUAUUCGUCGCAUGUUCUUGGACCCUUCCGCGUCCCACUUGAUCAUUACUACCACCCUUGGCGAGAACUACUAUCUCCACACUCAGUCGAGGCAACCUAAGCCACUCUCGCGGUUGAAGGGAGUUUCCGUUGAGAGUAUCGCUUGGAACCCAUCGCUUCCGACCGCCUCGACUAGAGAGAUACUUCUAGGAACUACGGAUGGCCAUAUAUAUGAGGCUUAUAUCGAGCCGUCUACUGAGUUCUAUCGCCGCGAGGAGAGAUAUGUCACCGCUGUGUAUAGAGUGCCGGAGGCAUCGCCAGUGACAGGGCUUUGGGCAGAGUUGGUUCAAACUCAUUUGGAGCAGAGGCGGGUGCUGAUAGCGACACAUGGCAAGUUAAUGUGCUUCUUAGGGCGGACAGGAAGACAUGGGAGAGAAGGUGGUGGUUCCGUAUAUACCGAUCUCUUCCAACGGGAAUUGCCAUCAGUCCAUGAGGUUCAGAAGCCGUCCAGCGCUGCGCCUUCAACACUGGCCAUAUCACCAGCUAUUGUGGAUGGCCAUUCUGAGAAGGAAUUUGCGUGGCUUAGCUCCCAAGGUGUUUAUCAUGGACAGCUUCCAUAUUCUUCCGACAAAGUGACACAACCAUUCGAGGGUGCGAAUAUGCUUCUACGGUCAAUGUUCCCAGCCACAGAAUCUGCACGAGGAGGCAAAAGGCUUAUUCAAAAUCCUAUAGCUGCUGUGACGCUUUCUCAGUGGCAUAUUCUAACCCUUGUUGAAGGCAGGGUUAUUGCCAUAAAUCGUAUGAGCGAAGAGAUUGUUUAUGAUCAUGCUGUAUUGGAACCAGGACAGAGUACACUAGGCCUCCUUGCGGACUCUACGCAGAAUACUUAUUGGUUGUUCACUAGUCAAGAAAUCUUCGAGAUUGCAGUCGAGGAUGAGGACAGGGAUAUAUGGAAAGUGUUUCUUCAAAAGCAGAUGUUUGACGAGGCUCUUCAUUACGCACGUUCUAGCGCACAGAAGGAUGUCAUUUCCACUGCUUCCGGCGACUUUCUCGCCAGCAAAGGCCGUUAUCUGGAGGCGGCCAAAGUCUGGGGUAAAAGUAGCAAGGGAUUCGAAGAGGUUUGUUUGACUCUGAUUAACCGUGGGGAGCAUGAUGCGCUGCGGAAAUACCUCCUUGGCCAGCUGUCGACAUACAAAAAGUCGUCCUCCAUGCAGCGGAUAAUGGUUGCAAGCUGGUUGGUAGAAGUUUUCAUGGCCAAGCUAAACUCUCUGGACGAUAACAUAGCUACCCGAGCGGAACUGGCGGAGGGAACGAGCACUGAAGAGAUUAGAGGCCAGCUCAGCAGCAUCCGCUCCGAGUUUCAGGACUUUGUCACGAAGUAUAAGUCGGAUCUCGAUAAGAAGACGGUAUAUGGUAUCAUCAGUAGUCACGGUCGAGAAGAGGAGCUGCUGUAUUUUGCUACAGCCGUCAACGACCAUAACUAUGUGCUUUCGUACUGGAUCCAACGUGAAAAAUGGCCCGAGGCAUUGAAUGUUCUACAGCGACAAAGUGACCCUGACGUGUUCUACAAGUAUAGCAGCGUGCUUAUGACCCAUGCAGCUACUGGAUUGGUUGAUAUCUUAAUGCGGCAGACAAAUCUCGACCCCGAGAAACUUAUACCUGCUCUACUAAACUACAACAAGUCGACGAAUGUACCGCUUAACCAGAACCAAGCUGUUCGAUACCUCAAUUUUAUUAUUGUCAACCAUCCAAAGCCGUCAGCCGCAGUGCAUAACACACUCAUAUCAAUCCAUGCUUCGAGUGCCUCUUCCUCGGAAGCAGGGCUCUUGACCUAUCUUCAGUCACAACCUUCAUCUCCGCCCCCAUAUGAUGCCGAUUUUGCCCUUCGUCUUUGUAUUCAACACCAGCGCUUCCAGUCAUGCAUUCAUAUCUACAGCGCUAUGGGACAGUAUCUCCAGGCAGUAGAGCUGGCUUUGCAGCAUGAAGAUAUUGAACUAGCAGCAAUCAUUGCAGACAGACCGGAAGGGAACGAUAAGCUCCGUAAAAAGCUAUGGCUUCUUGUUGCCGAGAAGAAGAUUCGACAACCCGGAACAGGCAUAAAAGACGCCAUUGAGUUCCUCCGUCGAUGCGAACUCCUCCGUAUAGAAGAUUUAAUUCCAUUCUUUCCAGACUUCGUUGUCAUUGACGAUUUCAAAGAUGAGAUAUGCAGUGCCUUGGAGGAUUACUCCCGUCACAUCGAUGCAUUGCGCCAGGAAAUGGAUAACUCGGCACACACAGCACGGCAGAUUCGAUCCGAAAUUACGGCCCUUGAUAUGCGUUACGCUAUCGUCGAACCUGGUGAGAAGUGUUGGCUUUGUUCCCUACCAGUUUUGAGCCGUCAGUUCUUCGUAUUCCCCUGUCAGCACGCUUUUCAUAGCGACUGUCUAGGGAAAGAAGUUCUUGAGGGUGCCGGCGGGAAAAAGAAGUAUAUACGGGACCUUCAAGCGCAGUUAAACAACAGUGGCAUAAGUCUUUCUCGACGGGAGAAUAUUGUCAAAGAGCUAGAUGGGUUGAUAGCAGAGGCUUGUAUCCUCUGCGGAGAUCACGCUAUCAAACAUAUUGAUAAGCCAUUCAUCACGGCCUCUGACGCGGCAGAUGAAUGGGCAUUGUAA